UUUAAGCUACUGUACAUUCCUAAUUGCUAUGCCAACUUCAAAAGAAAAUAAGGAAUCCAACAAAUAAUAGUCCUCAUCCAUUCAAUGUCAAAUGAGAAUCCGCACUAGCUUGUGGAGAGUUGGAGUCUCCUUUAAUGACCACUAACUUCUCCAACGAACUCCGUGGUUCUCGACUGCCAUUCUCCUCUCUCACUGGGGAUUUCCAUAUAAAACUCUCAGACCUCCUUUUCCUGAAGGAGCUCCUGGUUUUCCUUCCUUUCCGACCUCUCCUUGGUUCCCCUCCCGAUUUCACCUCCUUCCUCUUGCGAUAUCGCCUCCUCUCUAGACGUCCCCUUUCUCUUCCGAUCUCCCUCUCCCUUAUAUCCUCAAUCUUUCAUCUCCGACUCUAUUCCAAAACCACUACUAGAUCUCUGGAACGACAAUCUGGUUUCAGGUCCAGAACUCAACGGCGGAUUCCAGGUAUUCUCUUAUUUUCCGAGUCCGAUUCCAGUGCCGUUUCUGCAGUUCCUGCUUGGAUCUCGGAGGUUCCGGUGCCCCUCCAUCACUAUCCAGAUUCCAAUGUCGUUUCCAGCUCUGGUGUGCUUAAUCCCGGCGAUUCAGUAACCUUAGACCUCUUUCGGUAAACCUCUCUUCACUUAGCAUUUGUAUAUUAGGUCUAAAUUCCUCUUCCUUUAUUUUUUCGAUUAAUCUUCCUUAAUCUCUGGCGAUUUAGAUCCAAUAUUGAAGUACUUAGGGGACAGAGGGCUAGGUGGAGCCCACCGGAUUGGCCCGCUUUGCUGCCCCUGCUCUGUUUGUUUGUUGGGUUAAUAAGGUUGAAGAUGAGAUUUCUGUUGAUUUGUGAUGUUUUCCAUCUCUGUUUCUGUUUUGCGAAUUUGUUUGCAUUUUCUCUGAAUUUAAUUGGCUUUUGAUAGACCUGUGCAUUCUGAAAUUUCUGAUAGCAUCUUGAAAUUGCAGUAUUAUUUUCAUAUCUCUGCUUAGUUCAUUAUUUUCUGCAUAGUUGGAUUUGCACACGUCUUCAUCUCAUUACUCAGAUCAUCCUUGUAAUUUUCAUGACUUCGUAAAUUGUUAAUAAAUACUGUGCUUGCUACAUUCAUUUUUUCUUUAGGUCUGUCAUGGCAUUUGAAACUUGUCACUAUAUAUCCCUUCGUUUGGGCAUAAUUCCCGAGGACAAGCAUUAAAAAAAAAUCUGUUUCUGUUUGAUUUGGUUUUUCGAUAUACGAUAUACUAACCAUUUUGUACUCAUACAGUCCAGUGGACUUUCCUUUGCUCCCUGCGUUGUACAAAUUGAUCUUUCAAGCAUGCUUUUUUCCUUAUACAACCUAAAAAAUAUAUUCUGUCGUGUCGCAUGCGUUCUAAUUUUCCCUUUGGAAUUUUGUUUGAUUCUAAUUUUGUUUGUCUCGGGGUUUGUCCACCUAGCUUGCUGUUUGAAGGAACUUCCUCACUUUGAUGAUUUCAACAGAAAGGGUAUAAUAUUCUUUUGUUUGUGAGGGCAAUACUUCUGUGUACUUUAUUUGGAAAGGAAUGAAAAUCCAUGUUUGUUCAUUAUCCUUUGUUCUAGUGAUGUUUAGUAUUGAAAUGUGUUUCUUUAAUUUCCUUGUUCGUUCAAAUUAGUAUU